AUCAUUGACUUGGAAGAUCGUGCGCCAAGAAUGUGUUCGCUAAAAAUAUAUUCGAAUCGAAAAAAACCUUAUUAUUCGUGCAACCCUCGUCGAAAAUGCUAGUAUCAAACAUUUUGUUGGUUUUGGGCAUGAUUGGAGUCUGUUGGGGUCAGCUCCGGGCGAAUAGGAGGCGUGGUGGUUCAAGGUUUCAGUUAAAACAGGCGCUGAACUUGAAAAACAGGAUAAUGGAGAAGAUCGAUCUGUACAGGGAGAGGAACACUCAGUCAAUUUGUUACGAUACUGUCGGUUGUUUCAAUCUACCUCACAAGAACUCGCCCCUGCAAAAAGUACCAGAAGACCCCAAGAUGCUUGAUACCAAGUUCUACCUUUUCACAAGAAAAACUCCUGAUCUGUCGAAACCAGAAAUCUUGUAUUACGACGACAACGGCAAGUCUUUGAACGAUUCGACGUUUGACGUAUCGAAACCUCUGAAGAUGAUUGUUCACGGAUAUAUGAGCAGAUGGAAUGAGAAGGGGUCUCUCAUCAUAACGAAUGCCUACUUGAAAUUGUACGACUGCAACAUGAUUUUGAUGGACUGGCAUAUUGGUGCCAGAGGACCUCAGUAUCCUGUAGCAGCUGCUAAUACCGAGCUGGUCGGAAGGCAGCUGGGCAUGCUGCUGAGGAAAAUGGUGGAAACGGGUUUAGAUGCCAGGAACAUUCAUUUGAUAGGGUUCUCAUUGGGCGCACACGUCUGUGGAACGGCUUCUGAGAGUUUGAAGGAGAAAGGCUAUCUUCUAGGAAGAAUCACUGGUUUAGAUGCUGCUAGUCCCUUAUUCAGAAACAAUUAUCUAAGAGAAAAAUACAAGAAACUCGAUAGAAGUGAUGCCACCUUUGUAGAUGCAAUCCACACUGAUUCCAGCCCAUUCGUUACCGAUGGUUUCGGAAUUUGGGAUCCAAUCGGACAUGUAGAUUUUUACCCAAAUGGAGGCCAAGAUCAACCAGGAUGUCACGACGUAAAAGAUUCCAUUGUUGUAUCACACUUUGAACGAGGACUUUCUAGAGAAAUAGUUUGCAGUCACAUACGAGCCCUCCAUCUCUUUCGAGAAUCAGUUCUGAACCUCCUGGAAGAACGUCGAGAAAACAGAGAAACCUGCGAAUUCACAGCCUAUAACUGUCCGGGAGGUAUGGCAUCCUUCGAAAACGGAGUAUGUUUUCCACAAAUCCAGAGAAAUAAUUCACUAUCCUUGGAUCCUUCCUAUAGAUAUGACAUCGGAAAAUUCGGAGAGGAGGCCAAAGGAGAGGGGGUCAUGUUCUUUUCAACGAAAGAUUCUGGUCAAUAUUGUGGGUCUCAACUACACGCAUCCUUGCAUUUAUCUCCAAAAACUGGACCUAUGAAGGGCAAUCUACAGUUACAGCUAUAUUAUUCAAACAGUUCUGUUCUUUUCAAUAUCAACUGCGAAUUCACUAGUGUGGGAGCACUAAGGGAAAUGAACAGUCUGGCAGUUACUGACUACAACAGUAUGGACGAAAAUGUUGAAACCGUUCAAGUGAGGAUGAACUUUCUGGAUUUGAGUCAAGAAGACAGAAAGUCGAAAAACGAAACAGAAUAUUACGUACCAACUUUGUAUUUCGAUAAAUUGGUUAUCAAAGACAUGUAUGGCAAGAGUUGGCAAUAUUGCGGUAAGGACACCAAAAUGGAGGACCCAACAGGAAAAGUAUAUGGUUUAUUAGACAUAACAUUGAAGAAAGGCACCUGCUGAAUAAGAUAAUAUAUAACAGUGGAUGGAAUCCAAAGAUUAGGGAUAUGAAUAGCUUAUGAUCUAUUUCAACCUAGAACCAAAAAAACAUAAUUGUAAUGUAUGAAUUAGUAGGUAUCAUUUGACAAUCUUAGAUUUUUUACUCAAUUUUUGCAUGCCUGUUCUUGAUUUUGUUUGAAUUAUCAGUUCAAGCUAAGGAGUAAGUAUAUAUACUAAUGUAUAGCCAAAUACUUGAAAUGCAUUCCUUUUCACCUUGAGAAAAAUAAUUCACCUUUAAUACUGCAGCUUGGACAAGAUGUAAAAGUUAGAUCGAUCCAUACCGUCCACCAUUAGGGUACAAGGAACCUAAUGGGAAAAUUUUACCUUCAUUCAAAAAUACCUAUUAUCUUACCCGCAUGCGUAUCUACUUUCCAGUGAAAUGGUGCACUAUUCCAAUACUCAACGAUAAGUGGGUAGGUAUACAUACUUACCUAUACCAUUGAGUAAUGAUUAUUAUUUCUCAGAUUUAAUUUAGGCCAUUCCGUUUUCUGUGAACGGCACUGUACUAGAUACAAAUUGUACCUAUUUAUUGUCAAUAAAAUCAGAUGA